UACCUCGUACCUCAACACAGCAUGUAUGGCCACAUAACGGUUAACGUGGUGUUUGCAUUGACUCCUGAGAGAAGGGAACGUUCAGUUUGCGCAAACUCGGAGAACACGCCGAGGCUCGCAGACGCAGCGCAGUAUCCGCUCAAUUCGUGAUGCUCGGUGCGUGGCGCGUGCGUGGCGUCGCGUAGCCCAGCGCAGUGUGUGUGUGUGUGUGUGUGCGUGUGCGUUUGGAGAAGACGGAUCUGUCGCCUCGAAAUUUAACAUCCACAAGCUCUGGGGAAACGGUUUCACUAAAACAAGCCGAAUCUGAGGAGUCUGCCAUAGGUGCUCAGGCAAAAUCUUAAAGGUCCCGGGCGAAUCGCGUAGCACCAGUAGCCUGCUCACUUCCACUAAACCCAAUCCCAGUUUACUGGAAGAUCAUGGGGAAACAGAACAGUAAGUUAACCCCUGAGGUGAUGGAGGACCUGGUGAAAAACACAGAAUUUAAUGAACAUGAGCUCAAACAGUGGUACAAAGGUUUCCUGAAAGAUUGCCCCAGCGGCAAACUGAACCUGGAUGAAUUCCAGCAAUUGUAUGUUAAGUUCUUUCCUUAUGGUGAUGCAUCAAAGUUUGCUCAGCAUGCCUUCAGAACCUUUGAUAAGAAUGGGGAUGGUACUAUUGACUUCAGAGAGUUUAUUUGUGCCCUGUCCAUCACAUCACGAGGAAGCUUUGAGCAGAAGCUUAACUGGGCCUUCAACAUGUAUGACCUAGAUGGAGAUGGCAAAAUCACUCGAGUGGAAAUGCUGGAAAUUAUAGAGGCUAUUUACAAAAUGGUUGGCACUGUAAUCAUGAUGAAGAUGAAUGAAGACGGCCUGACACCAGAGCAGAGGGUGGAUAGAAUCUUUAGCAAGAUGGAUAAGAACAACGAUGACCAAAUCAGUCUCGAUGAGUUUAAGGAAGCAGCGAAGAGUGAUCCAUCUAUUGUACUGCUUUUGCAGUGUGACAUGCAAAAGUGAGGGGAUGGGAGUCAGCAUGCUCUGGACUGAAUAUGUUGAAAAGUUUUAUUCGUGUUCAGUCAAUUUCCACAAGAUUAUGAUGACGUAUAUAUGGACUAUUCUGACGAACCUGCUUCUUGUGGUUGAAAAAUCUAGUAUGCAUGAGAAUGUCAAAUGCUAAGAGUUACAAAUCUUAAUUUAAUUUCAAAUUUGCAACUAUGUACGGUGUGCAAAAUAAAUGAGCCAUUUUCAUUCUUCCAUCGUUAGUCAGUGAAGUGCUCCACAGUAGGCAUCACAUUUCUAGCUACAAUUGCUUACAGAUCGUUAUUACCACCAUUGUUACUGUAUUUCCUACAGUGGUUCAGGCAGUAAAAAGCAAAUGUCACACUAAAUGUUUCAAGUUCUAUCAAAACAGUAUGAUCUUAAAAAUCAAGGAGGGUAAAGGGGUUAAAUGAGCCUCCCAAAUGUGCUUGUACCUGAUUAUAAAUGUAAGUUAUUUGCAUGCAUGUACUAAGUGUAAAGUUCAAUCUUGAUCUCUUCUUUUUGGCAACCUCGACAAAAAAUAUAAGGAGGCCUUAUAAAUGAUAACUUCAACAAUACUAAUGAUGUGCGAGAUUUCCAUGUGUGAUUCAUCAGCCCAUUAGAUAUCUUCCCUUGGAUGCAUGUUUCUCCCAAAAAAAACUACAGUGUGUAUUUGUAUAAGCUAUCUGUAAGGGCAAUGAUAUAUUGUGCAUCUUGUCUUGGACCAAUUUAACUUUUAUGUGUGAAGACUCUAGUAGCUGUAAACUCAUAUAAACAGAGUUGACAUUUCAUCAGCUACACCUUCCUAGUGCCUAAUAAACUGCCAACUCAGUAUAUAUCGUUUUUAUCGUACACAGCAAGUUGGCACUGUAUUAGGUACUAUUUGAUGUAUCCAAUAAAUCAACAACUCUGUCUUAAACAGAUAUGUAAAACUGGAAGAUAAAUGACAACUGCCCAACCAUGUCACAUAUAUUGCCUUUUAUUUACACAUUAAUCAUGUCAGUGUGUACCUGUAUGAAUGCAAGUGAUUCAAUUUGAAGUCAGUUGUCCCACGUAACAAGUACUUUCUAUGGAGGACUGUAUUAAUGCUUAUCCUCCACAUAAUAAAGAAGCAAUCAAACAACAAAUGUGCUUGGUAAAAAAAAAAAACUCACUCGAAAUUUAGUUUUUUCAACUUUCUUUUUUUUUUUUGUAAAAUAUUUCUACACUGUUGACAUUUAAAUUAACACUGUUUAUGCAGUAAUACUGCAUCUUUUAAAGGAAAAGUCUGAUUUUGCUAAUAAUUUGAGCCACAACUUAAUUUAAUCACCUGAAACAAACAUAUUGCUACUCACGCACACUAAAUAAAUGACAACUGCAAGAUACCCUGCUUAGAAGAACAUGCUUUUAAUGUUAACAAGGCUAUAAAGAACCUGGGUUGCAAUAUUGCUUAUGAUGCAUGUCAUAAAAAAAUAAAUGGUCGAAUCUCAUACCAAAAAGAUCACCUUUUAGAACCCUAAAAUUAGGAAUGUACUAUCCCACUGAUUACAGUAAUAUCUAUUCGAUAUUUUUGCAUAACUGGAAAAUGUGAUGUUACUGUUUUCUUGCUUUACACAAAAAAGAAAGCAUCAAGCCACUGCAUGUCGUCUAAGGCUCAGGAUUCUAGCCGUGCUCCUUUAGGAAAUAAUAAUAAAGUAACUAAAAAGAAUAAUGAUAAUGUGUUUGUAAAUCCCCAAAUUACAGGUGUAUAUCUUUUCCAUGUAAAUAUCUGUACCUAAGAUGAAAAUGAUUAAUGAUCAAAUUGAAAUUUGAUUGUGCAGUAUGUUGUUUGUGUUUUAUUUGUGGCAUGUCUUAAACACAAUAUGUAAUGGUUGCACUGACAACAUCGUGAUUCCAAUCAAUAAAAUGUCUAUGGGCUGUUUUCACAACAAA